AUGGGAUCCUCCCGAAGCAUUCGGCAGCCCGAGUACAAGUUCCUGGCUUCCCUGGUGGGCAACUCGACGCUGGAGCCCACGGUGAAGUCGGCCAUCGACCGGGCGUUGGCGAAGGCGCUGGUGAUGCCCAAUGUCAUCUCGAUCCCAAUCGGCAGUGAGGAGAAGGGUGUAGAUCGCGCUCUCUUGCGAAGUCCUCGGCCGCUUGGACUCAUUCGCAUCCGGGUGAAAGCAGCUCACGGCUUGCCAGAUGGGCACCUUCACUUCCUCAGCAAGCAGCAGAGCAACCCCUACGUGAGAGUUCGGGUUGCAGAUGACGAGUGGGAGUCGUCGUGCGCGGUGGGCUGCAAUCCGACGUGGCUCGAGUCUGACUCACACUGCUUCUGGUAUUACGACUUGAGACAGACCGUCCACCUGGAAGUCUUGGACCAGGGCCGAUUCAACCCGAAGCACUCGCUGGCCAUCGCCAAACCGGUUUUGGUGAACUUAGCAGCGGAGAAUUCUGGCAAGCCGGUGGAGCUUUUUGCUCCGAUAGCCAGCUUAGACGAGGUGAGCGACGAGCCGUGUGGAACUCUCGAGAUCGAAUGCGAGCUGCUCCAGCCGAAAGCCGGGGUGCGCCCUUCCUGUGAGCUCUGCAUGCUCCGGAUCAAGGUGGAUGAGAUUUACGUGCCGCAGGACUUUCCGCAACCUGUCGCCUUCCUCGCGCGCUGCGGCGAUUCCGAGAAGACGUCUCCCUUCGUGGUCCCGAAGGUGCAGCCCGCCGGCCAGGAUUCAUCCAAGCUGCCUCUGGAUCGGCAGCCCGUGGCCCUGCCAACGGAGUGCGUGCUGCACCUCCUCGUCAAGAAGGAAGAUCUGAGCACCCAUGCGCUGGAGCUGGAAAUCAUCAACAGGAAGCCCCGUGAGGUUUUGGCCUCCAAAGAUCUGGAACUCAAGCAGUUCUGGGACCGGGGCAUCUUCAAGCGCGUCUGGGGCCUGGAGAAGCAGGCCCUGCUGAACCUACGAGGAGAGGGCCUCAAGUGCCAAGCGAAGAUGGAAUUGCAAAUCUCCGGUCUCGAUCCUCCAAACAAUCGAGUGCGCAGGGCGCUCCCGCGCAUGAACACGGUCAUCGACCGGGACAAGCCGAGGUGUGGCUGCACCUACUGCAAGCUGAAGUGCGAGUCGUGGUAUCUCCUCGUGUUUUCGGGCAAUGCGUUAUUGGAGGGGGCGGCUUGCUUGAUCGCUUCGCUCUCCGGCUUCAUCCUGAUCUUCUUCAUGGCCGUGUUCGGGCCAAGGCACAAGUACCAGGAGUUGCCAAGUGGAGCCGACGAGGGCGACGACGAGAUGCACCACGCCCCCGAAACCGUCUACGAAGGCGGCGACACCACGCGAAGCAGCAAGGAGCGAGCGUCACCUCUUCGCGUUGAGCAGCCUCCUCGGCCGGUGUCCGUGGACUUCGCAGGUCUCUCGCAUGGGCUCGCAGGCUUUCGGACGGAAUCAGGGAGCAACUACCCGUCGCCAAACAAGGAGGUGACGCCAACACGUGCUUUCACGAAGGAUCGGGACAGGACGAGAGCUUACACGAUGCAUCAGACGAUCCACUAG